GGCCCGCCCCCUCCCGACCUUGCUUGACUAGCGGCAUCACUUGGAAGCCGGGCGCCGGUUUGAUCGCUCUCAGUCUGGGCAACGAUGGUCCCGCGCCGCCUGCCUCUGGCUUCCAGGGAGACCCGCAUUGACGGUAUCAAAGAAGCGGACUCCAUGUUCACUUCUGGGACCUGUGGAAGGUGCCUCUUAGCAUAGGCACAUUUCCUUGGCUGCUUGAGUCAAUUGCCUCCACAAAGUCCAGCACUUCAACAUCUGUAGGAAAGAUUGGCUAGGCAUGCCGAAUUCAACCCUUGGCUAGGAGGCUGCCCAAUCCUUUCUCAUUCCUUUCUCUUGGUGUUUCUCCACCUCUACCUCACUCCAGAAUAGACUCAAGAUGCGUGCCUGGAAAGCUCUGGCUGGGACUUUGGCCUUUACAGCCUUGGAUGUGACGGUGACCACACUACUGUAUGAACGCAGCCGCGGUAACGGCAGCAUCCUUCAGGACCUGAAGCAUUUUAACAUUUUUGAUUCCAUGCUAGAUAUCUGGGGGGCCUGCCUGUAUAGGAGUUGCCUCCUCUUGGGUGCUGGCAUCGGCGUCGCCAAAAACACAAACUAUGGCCCCAAGCGAUUGAAACGGUCUCGAAUCUUCAUCACCCUUGUCUGCCUUGCCGUGGGCAUUUACACCCUUGUCAAGCUGCUACUCUACUCAGAGGUAAGGAAAACCAUCAAGGACCCCUGGUUUUGGAGCUUGUUCACCUGGACAUAUAUCUCCCUGAUAGCCACACUCUUCUUGUGGCUGCUGUUGGCCUCUGUGAGACCCUCCAGGGAAUCUCUGGGAGUGAAUUCCGAAUCCAGGACUGAAGCAGAGGAUAUUGCUGAUCCAAGUUCUCCUGGUCCUCGGGGAAAGCAGGAAGAGGCACCAGCAGCCACCAUAUGCAAGCUCUUGUCUUAUACCAAACCAGAUGCUCACCUCCUUGCAGUGGCCUUCUUCUUCCUCAUACUUGCUGCUUUAGGAGAGACAUUCCUUCCUUACUACACCGGCCGAGCUAUUGAUGGAAUAGUAAUCCAGAAGAGCAUGGAACAGUUUUCCAGAGCAGUCGUGAUCAUGGGCUUUCUAGCCAUAGGAAGCUCAUUUGCCGCAGGUAUCCGGGGCGGUGUCUUCACACUUGUGUUUGCUCGGCUCAACAUUCGGCUCCGCAACACCCUCUUCCGGUCACUGGUCUCGCAGGAGAUGAGUUUCUUUGAUGAAAAUCUCACUGGUGACAUUAUUUCCCGGCUGACGUCGGACACCACAAUUGUGAGUGACCUAGUCUCGCAGAACAUCAACAUUUUCCUGCGCAACAUGGUCAAGGCCACGGGGGUUAUUGUCUUCAUGUUCAGCCUCUCUUGGAAACUCUCUCUGGUUACCUUCAUGGGUUUCCCCAUAAUCAUGCUCAUGUCAGAUCUUUAUGGGAAGUACUACAAGAAACUCUCCAAAGAAGUCCAGAAUGCUUUGGCAAAAGCAAACAACACUGCUGAGGAAACUAUCUCAGCCAUGAAGACUGUCCGCAGCUUUGCCAAUGAAGACGUGGAGGCAAACGUUUAUUGGGAUAAACUACAACAAGUCUACAAACUCAACAAAAAGGAAGCCAUGGCUUACACCUACUACGUGUGGUCCAAUGGGCUAACCCUCCUUAUCGUUCAAGUGAGCAUCUUGUACUAUGGUGGCCAUCUUGUGAUCUCUGACCAGAUGACCAGUGGGAACCUGAUAUCCUUCAUUAUUUAUGAAUUUGUGCUGGGAGACUGCAUGGAGUCAAUUGGUUCAGUUUAUAGUGGGCUGAUGCAAGGAGUCGGAGCUGCUGAAAAAGUCUUUGAGUUCAUAGACCGAGAGCCAACCAUGAUGCAUGAUGGGACGCUAGCCCCCAGCCAGCUGGAAGGCAAAGUGGAGUUCAGGAAUGUCACCUUUGCUUACCGCACGCGACCAGCAACCCAAGUCUUACAGAAUGUCUCCUUCACUCUCCAUCCUGGAAAAGUGACUGCCCUGGUAGGCCCCUCGGGCAGUGGGAAGAGCUCCUGCGUCAGCAUCAUGGAGAACUUCUACCCUCUCCAAGAUGGGCAAGUCUUGCUGGAUGGGCAGCCCAUUAACAUGUAUGAGCACAAAUACCUGCAUUCAGUGAUCUCUUUGGUGAGCCAAGAGCCGGUGCUCUUUGCUCGAUCUAUUGCUGAAAACAUCUCGUAUGGCUUGGGUUCUGUCCCUUAUGAGUCAAUUGUUCAGGCUGCCCAGAAGGCCAAUGCCCACACAUUUAUUACAGAAUUGCAAGACGGUUACCACACAGACACUGGUGAAAAGGGAACCCAACUUUCUGGUGGCCAGAAGCAGAGAGUGGCAAUUGCACGAGCUUUAAUACGAAAUCCACCAAUCCUGAUAUUAGAUGAAGCCACAAGUGCACUUGAUGCUGAGAGUGAACAUGCGAUUCAAAGAGCUAUUUAUGGCGACGUCCAGAGUCACACAGUGCUGGUCAUAGCCCACAGGCUGAGCACUGUGGAGAAGGCACACAGUAUCAUUGUUCUUGACAAGGGGCGUGUGGUACAGCAAGGGACACACAAGCAGCUCAUGGAAGAAGGUGGCCUUUAUUCCAAGCUAGUGCAAAGGCAGAUCCUGGGUCAUGAAAGUGGCACAGGCGACGGCUGUCAGCUGGAUGGUAGCUUGGCUGGCAUCAGGAAAGAUAGUCCCAAGAUGGGCCUGGCUGAAGAGUUCCGGGUGUAAGAUUGCACAUGCUGGACUUAAUGAUUUUGAUCAAGACAGUUGUGCUGUCAGAUGGUGAAAACACCCAGGAGCCCUGUCGAAAUCUCACUGACCAUUGUUUUGACCAUUGUUUUCUGUCUGAUGUCUGUUUACAAUAAUAAGCAGUAGGUGCCCAGUGCACACUUCUUCUAGUAGACAGGGUCCUGCUGAUCAGGAAGAGAACAGUGGGCCAAUCAUUUCAACAGGAGCUCAUGUUUUCUCUUCUCCCACUGAUGCGCAUGCAGAAAUUGUUGUUACUUAUAAACGGGUAUGGUUUUAGGUGCAUGCAUUAUAUUGGAAGACCAAUGACCUGUGAAGGAUCUCUGAGGGUGGCUGUGUAGACUGGUAGAGUUGGGACCUCAACCAACAGUUGCUUUUUGGGAUCACUCCAGUGCCUAUAGACAUUCUUUUUACUCCCAAGAACGUUCAGUUGGACCUAUAAGUAUAGGCCACUUAGUGAAGUGUUCUUUCUUUGGGAUGCUUGGCUCAAAAAUUUAACAUUCUUAUAUUCAAAAUUUGCAAAAUGGCUGGUGGUUCCAAUGAAUUUAAGUAUGUGGCUUGAUUGGGUGGGUUGUUCUCAUAUUGAAUAUGCAUGAGGCUUUUCUAAAAGCCAGCAGGUUUUCAAGCUGUUUCAAUUGCACAAGAGCCAUUAUUCCUUUUCUGUUCAAUCUUCCUAAGUGACCCUGCAGCACAGCCUUCACCUGUAGCAAGUCUUAGCUGGGAAAUAGCUAGCAGAGUGCAUUCCUGGGCUGUGACAGUUACUUGAAAGAGAUCCUUCUUCUGAAAAGUACCAUAGCUACCUUUUGAGUUUGGAGUUUGGCACUUUUAAAGGAGAAACUACUUUUAAUUGCAACUUCCACAACUUACACUUCUGUUUGUGAAUUGUUGCACACUGUCAGUUGGGCACUCAUAUUCAGAGUCAACAAAACAAUCCUGUUUUCAAGGUGAUUUGGCAAAAGCCAUCAAAGUUCUUCAUUUUAUUUUAAUGCCUAAAGCCAGGCACAGUUUUUUAAUACACGGGUUCUAUUUUGGACAUUUUCUAUAUCAGACCUGUUCAAGAAGUAGAGGUUGUGCGAGGACACAACAACAUGACAUCUUCGUGGUUCAGAUUUCUUUCUGUUCUCCAUUGGCUUGUGCCCAUGUUGGCUAGAGUGUGAAGAAUCCUAGCAAAAUCUUGUAUAUGCAGUGGCCUCUGCUACUAUUACCAGUAAUUAAUAAGACAGGAAGCCUCUUUUUUGCUUCCUGAAUUGUUCUGUUCACUGUAUUCUUGUUGUGUUAACUGUAGUGAACCAAGGAGAAGCGAAAAUCCAGUUCUAGCUCCACUUUGCAUUGCCUAAUUUGACUGAGUCUUUUUUAGAGUUCCAUACAAUAUUAGAAGGAAUUUCAGGCAGCCAAAUGUUAAAGGUAGCAAUACAGAGAAGAAAAGCCUCUACUAUGAAUUGGGACUUGCCGGUUUCAAAAACCCUUUUUGGUUCUCUCUUUCUAGUCCCUCCAGUUGCACUCAGUUGUGAAAUGACCUCAAGCACUUUAGCUAUGUUUCAUUCGUUUCUGAUCUUUUGAUGCUGUUGUGUUUUUUGGCAGAUUUUUUGUUGUUUGCAAUAUUUAAAAGAAACCUAGAAUAUUUUGGCAAUAUUUUACAAAUACUUUAUGAAAUAAAAAAACUACCUCUGCUA